AUGUGGCCAUUAUCAUUUUAUUUCAGUUUUAUCACCGCUGCUUGGGUUAUAUAUUCAAGUCUGACUGUUAUAUAUCGCCUGUAUUUCCAUCCCCUUCGCCACAUUCCCGGACCGAAGCUAGCUGCUGCUACACAUCUUUAUGAAUUCUAUUAUGAUGUCAUCCUUGGAGGCAAAUUUAUACUGCAGAUGGAGAAGAUGCAUCAGCGAUAUGGCUCAAUUGUGCGCAUCAAUCCCCGGGAAGUACAUAUAACUGAUGCGACUUUCUAUGAUGAGAUAUAUGCAUCGAGCACCCGAAGGAGAGAAAAGGAUCCUCACUUUGUCCCUAUGUUCGGCCUUCCCCAGUCUAUCGCGGCAACUGUAGGCCACGAACAUCACCGAGCACGACGAAAUAUUCUCAAUAGCUUUUUCUCUCGGCGCUCCAUAGUAGAACUGUCUAAUUCUGUGGACGCCAAAAUUCAGAAACUCGCAAAUCGUUUUCAUGAAAAUUACAUAGCAGAUACUGUGAUACAGGCGGAUGAUGCCUUUGUUGCCUUGACGUCUGACGUGAUCACUGACUACUGCUACGGAAAAAGUUGGAACUUCCUGGACGAUAAAAGCUUUCGCAGUGAGAUACGUGUAGCUGCUAAUGAUUCCAACGCCAUUGUUCACCUUUUCCGCUUCUUUCCAUGGCUACAGCACCUGCUUCCUCUUAUUCCUGCUACCGUCUGGUGCUUCUUUCAGCCCGGUAUAGCUGCGCUGUUCAGUUACCAGGAAGCAAUAUUCUCCGAGUCAUCAAAAGGGAUCAAACAAAGUCAAGGAAGCGCAGGAGACACCAUGUUUGAUAAAUUGACCGAUCCUAGCUUGCCAAUUGAGGAACGAACAUUGCGCCGGAUACAAGAUGAGGCUCUGGAAGUACUCCUCGCAGGGACAGAGACAACUGGAUCUACGUUGACUAAAGCUAUAUAUUAUCUUCUAGAAAAUCAAGAUAUGUGGCACCGACUUCAGGAAGAGUUGAAGCAGGUUAUCCCAUCUCCUAAAGCCACUGCUGCGUGGUCAGAUCUGGAGAAAUUACCCUACUUGACAGGCGUUGUAAAUGAGGCUCUUCGUCUUUCUUAUGGAUUGAUUAUUCGCUUGCCUCGUAUCGCCCCUAACGAGGAGCUGCGGUAUAAAGAUUAUACUAUUCCUGCAGGGACGCCUACGAGCUCAAGCUCUUACUUCAUCCAUCGGGAUCCCGUCAUUUUCCCCAAUCCUGACAAAUUCGAUCCAGAGCGAUGGAUCACAGCUAAUGAGCGGGAGACUCCAUUGACGAGGCAUCUGGUCCCGUUUACGCGGGGAAGUAGAAUGUGUCUAGGCAUGAAGUAA